AUGGACCAAUGGAAGACGCCAAGUAAGGUUCUUCCGCUCAAGAAGGGCGAGCGCGACCUAAUGAAGAACUACCGUCCCAUCCUCCUCUCGCAGCCAUACAAGUUGUUCAAGAAGGUAAUCCUCAACAGGCUCGAGAAACAACUGGAUGAAUAUCAACCAGUGGAACAGGCCGGGUUUCGCAAGGGCUUCUGUUGCAUGGACCACAUCCAUACUGUCACGCAGUUGAUUGAGCGAACCAAGGAAUACAAGCAGCCGCUCCUCCUCUGCUUUCGACUAUACGAAAGCAUUCGACAGUGUGGAACUGAACUCUAUUUGGAAUGCGCUGCACCAUGCUGGUGUCGACCCUGGGCAGAUGCGUCACCCAUCAUACUCGAAGGCACUGCUCUACCGGAUACCGACCGUUACGUUUACCUUGGUCGACUCAUUUCCAUGGACAACAAUUUGCGCGAAGAAAUUAUGAGACGCAAAAAAUGCGCAUGGACGGCAAUGGGACGCAUAAGAGAGGCGGCCCAGCUCAUUUCGGACAGGAAAAUACGAGCUGCUCUAUUCGACUCUACAGUACUGCCUGCACUUUGUUACGCAUCCGAGACGUGGGCAGAGAACAAGGCGUCCACGCUGAUGUUGACACGUGCCCAACGAGCAUUGGAACGGACCCUGCUGAAUAUCAACCGCCGAGAGCAGAGAUGUCGCAAUCUGCGCAGUACAGACAUGCGCUCAAUGUCAGGCAUCCACGAUGCCGUAGUAUACGCGUGGAAUGCAAAGAAGAGAUGGGCCGGACAUGUGGUCAGACGUACGGACGAUCGGUGGACCACUCAUCACACUCUGGUAUCCGAGAGACGCGAAGCGCAAGGCUGGCCGCCCUGCAACCCGUUGGAGAGACUCCUUGAAGCAACUCCAAGAAGCUGCAGACCAACACUGGAUCCAAACCGCUCAAGAUCGCAAACAAUGGAGGGAAGCGUGUGCUCGUCGCUGAAGAGAACCGGCUGA